CACACACACACAAGUCAUCAUCAUGGGCAUUUCGAAAGGAACACAAAGGUUCAUGCUCGUUGCCAUAUUCAUAGCAUUUGUGGUUAUAAGUAACAUAAACGUAGCAGUUGCAAAAUAUAUUAGCUAUCCAGCGAUAGGACGUGAUCGCCAACGAGGAUGUAGUCAUGGGCCUCAUGGCAAAUGUCCACCCGCUCAGCAUAUGAGUCCGUACCAUCGAGGAUGUGAUUUGAUACACAGAUGUCGUCGUCAACCUUCACCUCCACCAGUUCCUAAAAAAAUGUAGU